AUGGGUAGUGCUACUAAGCCCGACGUCUCCGAAAUGGAGGGCGUCGCUCCUCCCCCCACCACCAACCUUGGCUGGAAGGGCCGGGCUCGCGCCCACUUCAGGCGCUGGUGGUGGGUGCAUGUCAUCGUCUUUAUCGCCGUCGUCUUGAUCAUCGCUCUGCCGGUCGUCUAUGUCGGCUAUCCCAACAUCGCCCAGGGCGACAUCGAUGAUUCCACCCUCACCGUCAAGUCCAUGGUCAUCUCCGAUCCCACCCCCGACUCCUUCCAGCUGGAUCAAACCCAGGUCAUCGGCACCCAUAGUAAAUUCCACCCCAAAAUCUUCGCCUUCAAUGCCGCCGUCAGCUUGCUCGGCGCCGCCAGCUCCUUCGCCACCGUCCUGGUGCCCCAGAUCAAGUCGCAUGAUGGCGUCGAGGUGCAUGUCCAGCAGCGCGUCAACCUGAGUGAUGCCGGUGCCUUUGGAGAUUUCUCCAAGGCCGUCAUGCUCAACGAGGAGGUCCCCCUGAAUGUCUAUGGAAAGCCCCAGCUGAAGCAAGGUGCUCUGCCCACCAUCACCGUGACCUACAACAAGACCGCCACCAUGAAAGGUCUCAACAAACUCAGCGGCUUCAAGUUGCUCAACAUGAGUCUCACCAAGGCGCAGUCCGACGGCACCAACUCCGAGGGCAGAGUCCUGAUUCCGAACCCCUCGGUCAUUACGAUUUCCAUGGGUAACGUCACGCUGGAUCUUGCGGUGGACGGAACCUCGAUUGGACAAUCCUUCCUCAACGACCUUGUGUUGAAGCCGGGCGACAAUGAGCUCCCGAUGAAGGCCAAGGUGGAUCAGGAGGCCCUCGCCCCGAUGCUCGUCAAGUACAAGGACCAGAACUAUAUGGUUCCCGUGCAGAUCACCGGCAACUCUUCCGUGUAUAAUGGCCAGCAUCUCCCCUACUUUGAGACCGCCUUGGCCGCUAACCAGCUCCACGUGGACCUGAACGUCCUGCAGAUCAUCGGAAGCUCGGGCUAA